AUGCCGUAUGCCCAUCUCGAACUCGCCGCUCCCGGCAACCUCGCCAUGGCUAGGUUCGAUUACCCGUAUAAGAAAGGCGUGAACAUCACCGCCUGGGUCCUGCAGAUCCUCGUCUGCCUGAUCCUCCUCGCCGCGUCGGCGUGGCUGCUGAAUCUGGUCAACUCGGACGAUUUCGACGGCAGCCUGGGCGAGUAUGAAGGCUUGGUCACUGCGGCCUCCGGCCUCCAGAUCGGUAUCACCGCCCUAACAAUCAUAUUCGAUAUCGUCGAGAUCGUCCUCAUCACGGGAAAGCGGAUGCCGCCCGCCCUCUAUCUCUCCAGCGCCUGCAUCAAAACCGGCAUCUGGGGCGCCAUCUUCAUCAUGAACCUGAUCUCGCUAUCGAUCCUCGCCAUCUGCCUAACCUUGGUCCUUUUUGGCACGUCUCUGAUGCAGCUCAUCUACGGGGCCAUCCUCAUCCACCGCAAGCGACGGGGCACAUUGACGGGCGGCGACUAUGCGCUCUCCAUCAACCCGGAUACCUUCACCGCCCCCCUCGGCGCGCCGCCCCCGGGAUACUACUACCAGAACCCGAACGUAAACACCGAGUACAAGCCGCCGACGGCCGUCGCGUCGCCGCCGCCACCUCAGAACCUGUAUUCCGCCCCCGAAGUCACCGGCCAGCCGGCGCCGGCCGGCACAUACGAGAUGGACAACCGCCAACGCUUCGCGUAA